UUUUGAGUUAAAUACACCAGUGGUCCUUAAACUUGUCUUGAGGUGCCACUUAGGUCCACGAUCUUGGAAAAUCGAAAUCUGGCACCUUUAAGUUGUCAUUUAGGGCCGAUUUAGUCCAUAACCCCCCACGGGAGCGUUUUUGCCGACGUGGACUGGCCACCGUGGAUCUGACUAGGCACGGGCCACUCUUUUCAGGACUGGUAGCCCAUGGAUAUUAGCAGGUACCCCCCUCAGUCCCCCCCAAUCUCUUUCUUUUUCCCUUUGCCCUCUUCGAGUUCGUCGCUGCCGAAGGUGAAGCGGCGGCGACGGCUGGGUGGCGACCGGCGACGGCAAUCGGAGGAGCAUGUCGCGGAUGCAGUGAAGGAGAAGGGUCGAGGGCCAUCUUGCCUGAGCAGGUCGCAGCAGCGAUUGCAGUGAAAGGCUGCGAUGGCACCCACCUUGCGUCGAGCAGGGGAACCGCCACCUAUCUACGGUGAUGAUAGUGACAAGUUCACUGUAGAGGUGCACCAUGGUGGUUUCUUUGUUGGUCAAGGUUGCAAUAGGGCUUAUGUUGAUGGCAAAGUUAACUGGUUUGAUCACUGUGAGGGAGAGACAUGGUCUGCUCUAUGGUUGGGUGAUUUUGUUGGGGAACUAGGGUAUCAGGCAUCAUAUUCUCUGAAGAUAUACUGGUUGCUACCUGGGACAGAUUUGUCAGAUGGCCUUAGGUUGAUUGCAUCGGACAAUGAGGCACGACUUAUGAUUUCAGUGAUUAGCAAGGUUAGGAACUUUGUUGUGUUCUUUGAUCAUGAUGACAACAUAAGUGGCAUUAACUGGGAGGACAUUGUUACAAACCCAAUAGCAGAACUGCCUAAGGUUAUGAGCCCAUCAAAGGUACAAAAUGCCAGGGCAGAGAAGCUGCCUGCAUUUUACUCAAAUGUGCCUAAGGUUGGCACAGCAGCUGGCACAGCAGCAGCAGGUCCUUCAGUGGUAACAGGAGAUGAGGAAAUGGAAAGUGACAGUGACUCAGACUUUGUUGACAGUGAUUAUGACCUUGAGGAUCAGGAUGAUGACUUAUUUGUGGAGAAUGUUGAUGAAGAUGUUAUUGAUCAGGGAGCUGCAAGGGGCAAGAAAAUAGGCAAGGGUGAAAGUACUUCAGCUAGGAAACUUAUGAAAAGGAUGUCAACUGGAGAUGAUGUGUCAAGUGAUGAAGAUGAUCUCUAUUUGCCAGAUUCAGAUGGUGAAGAUCAAGUGAGCAAGAAGUUCAAGUCAUUUAGGGAUGCAGACUUGGAGAAUACUGUAUUCAAGGUUGGCAUGAUUUUUGAUUCAGUUCAGAUGCUAAGGAAGGCUGUGACUGAAUACAGCUUGAAGCACAGGGUGGACAUAAGCUUUACCAGGAAUGAGAAGAAAAGGCUUAGAGCUCAAUGUGUAGAUGGCUGUCCAUGGAAUUUGUAUGCUUCAACCGACACAAGAACUAAUGGUUUGAUGGUGAAGACAUAUACUAGUGAGCACAACUGCCAGAAGCAAUGGGUCCUGAAAAGAUGCACAUCAAAGUGGCUUGCUUCCAAAUAUGUUGAGACAUUCAGAGCUGACCAAAAGAUGACCCUUACAAACUUUGCAAGAAUUGUGCAAAAAGAGCUGAACAUUACCCCUCCCAGAACAACACUUGCUAGAGCUAGGAGGAUUGCCAUGAAGCAAAUACUUGGUGAUGAGGAGGAGCAGUAUAAGAGGUUGUGGGACUAUGGUCAUGAGUUGAGGAGGAGCAAUCCUGGGACUACUUUUUUUCUGAAUCUUGAGAGAAAUUUGUUCAGUUCUAUGUAUGUAUCACUUGAUGCAUGUAAGAGGGGGUUUUUAGCUGCCUGUAGGCCACUGAUAUGUCUGGAUGGAUGCCACUUGAAGACAAAGUAUGGCGGGAUCAUGCUUACUGCUGUUGGGAUAGAUCCAAAUGACUGUAUUUAUCCCAUUGCUUUUGCUGUUGUGGAGGUUGAGUCCCUGUCCUCAUGGAAGUGGUUCUUGCAGACACUCAAAGAUGAUCUUGGGAUUGAAAACACUUAUCCAUGGACCAUCAUGACAGACAAACAAAAGGGAUUAAUUCCAGCAGUGGGGCAAGUGUUUCCAGAAUCUGAGCACAGGUUCUGUGUGAGGCACUUGUACUCAAAUUUUCAGCAACAUUUCAAAGGUGAAAAUUUGAAGAAUCAGCUAUGGGCAUGUGCUAGAUCUACCACAGUGGUCAGGUGGAAUGAGAAUAUGGACAAGAUGAAAGUGCUGGAUCAAAAGGCAUUUGAGUGGCUUGAAAAGAUGCCUCCAAAUACUUGGGUAAGAGCAUUCUUUAGCACCUACUGUAAGUGUGACAUCUUGUUAAACAAUAGUUGUGAGGUUUUCAACAAGUACAUACUAGAUGCUAGGGAAAUGCCAGUCCUGAGUAUGUUAGAGCAAAUCAAGACUCAACUGAUGACAAGAUAUUACAAGAAGGAACAGGAGGUGGGUGAUUUGUGGGAGGGACCUAUAUGUCCAAAGAUUAAGAGGAAGCUACUCAAGAACACAGAAUGGGCAAAUACAUGCUAUGCACAACCAGCUGGAAUGGGCAUAUUUCAGGUUAAAGUCUUGGACAGGCAGUACACAGUGGACAUUGUAAACAAACAGUGUGAUUGCAGAAGGUGGGACCUCACUGGUAUUCCUUGCUCUCAUGCAAUCAGUUGCUUGAGACAUGAAAGAAUACAUCCAGAAGAAAUAGUAAAUGAGUGCUAUUCCUCUAAAAGAUUUCUCCUUGCCUAUGGUCCUACCAUAUGGCCUACCAAUGAUAAGAGCAUGUGGCAGAGAGUGGGUGGACCUGACAUUCUCCCUCCUGUGUAUGAAAAGAAGGUUGGCAGGCCAGCCAAGAAUAGAAGGAAGCAGCCUCAAGAGGUAGAAGGCAAGUAUGGACCAAAGAUGUCCAAGCAUGGUACAAUAAUCACUUGUUCUUAUUGUGGAGACCAGGGGCAUAACAGGGGAGGGUGCUCCAUGAGAAAGGCUGGCAUUCGGCCUAAGCUAGUUGCACAGAGAAAUCAAAGUCAGCCACCCCAAGAAGAAUAUGAAGAUGAACAACUGACAAGUCAGGUUUCCAUGGAUUUGGAAGAAGGAAGUCAGCCACUUUUGUCUCAAAUGACAGACACUAUGAUGUCCCAGUUGGAUGCAGAGUCUUCUCAACUCAGAACAAGGGAGCUGCAGGCUAGGAGAUUACCAGAUCCAACAUUCAUCAUGUCCAACAUACCAUCCUCUAGGCCAGUGCCACCUACCACUGCAACCAAGAAGGGAAAGAAGGCUAUGAAACCAUCUAAGAAGGCAAAGAAAGCUCCUGCAAAGAAGAAGGCCUGAAGUUCUCCAGUGAUGGUUUCAUGCUUUUGCUAUUGUACAGCAGCAAACAUACUGCUCCUUUUGUAAAGGUCUCUGUUACCUGACCAAAAACGAUAUCUUUUGCUUCUUCCUGAACUUUCAUCAUGGAAGAUAGGACAAAGUUAGUGCAUAGAUGCAGCACUACAAAUUCUGUUGGAAUGAUGCAGCAAAACAUUUUCUGAUGGAAUGCUAAUUAAUCAGUGCUUCAAUGCAA